UCGGACGCAAACAUCGCUCGAGAGGGAGGACAUGGGCAGAUUGUCGUUGUAGAAUGCCCAUUUCCAAAAGUUUUCGUCUAACAUACCAACAACGCCGCACAUUUGUUUCAACUCUGUUCGGCCUCACAUUUUUUGCGUCUGUGUUGACGGUUUCCGCAUCCAACGUGCUACCAUGUCCCGUGCGACCUGACCGGAGCCGUUACGCUGAUACGGAGGGGAAAGCAGGAGGGAAGAGCCCUGCACCGAUGGUGGAGAGGAGGCCAAGGAGGUGGAUACAGGAGAGGCCAUCUUCGGAGGAUACACCGACUUAAGCCAUUGCUGACGGGGAGGGCUGUUGUGGAGAUUCAGACAGUUGCUCCACAUUACCCAGUACAGUAUACAGUGUACAUGACUACCGUCUACUACUACUACACGUCCCAGAGUGAUGAGGUAUAUGAAAGCCGCGCGUUCCCCAGAGUAAGGGUAGA